AUGAGAUACUCAAUUGUCCUGUUGUCACUUGUAGCUAUCAUUGCCGCCACUGUGGUGCCAAUGAUCUCCGCCGCCUGCAUCAACAACAACUUGGUUCGCAAGGAAAUUCGCCAGCUGACCCCUGCCGAGCUCACCAAAUACAUCAACGCCGUCACUUUGGCCCGCAGAGCACUACCAAGACCAGGCCCCACUCAAUACGACACGUUUGCUCGAAUCCACGCCAUGCAGGGCUACUUCAUCCACAGUGGCGCCAACUUCCUCCCGUGGCACCGCUACUACCUGCGCCAAUACGAGCUGCUACUCCAGAGUGUUAUCAACGACCCCACACUCACUGUGCCCUACUGGGACUGGACCCUCGACUACCAGAACCCCUCGGCCUCGGUCAUCUUUACCGACCCUUACUUUGGCGGCAACGGUGGAUCAGCCAGCUGCGUGACCAACGGAAAACUGGGCCAGUGGAGACCACUUUACAACUGGGCUGGUAAUGCCUCGGCACACUGCCUUAAGCGCAGCUUUGGCGAGGGCAUGAGCCGCUACCCAUCGCCCGCCACCCUCCAGACCCUUAUUUCCGGCUCGGCCACAUACGCCAACUUAGCCACCAACAUUGAGAUCGGACCACACAAUCUGGUGCACUCAUCGAUUGGAGGUGACAUGAAAGAGGCCAUCUCACCCAACGAUGCACUAUUCUUUUCGCAUCACGCCAACGUCGAUCGCCUCUGGGCCAACUGGCAGGACGCCAAUCCAACCCUGGCCGGUACCUACAAUGGAAAAAACAUUACCGGCCAGCGAGUGGGGUUGACCGAUAUCCUGCAUGGUUUCCCAGGCAUCACUGUGUCCAAGGUGAUGAAAGCAUCCACUAUGGGAUACUGCUAUUCGGCCACCACCGCCUCUGCAGCAGCUCGCUCUGCCCAGACCUUAGACGACGAGUCCGAGGAGCCUUUGCCAAACUGGCCACCCGUCUCAGCCGAGUUCAUGGCUUCCAAGGGUAUCGACCCAAAGGUGCAAGCCGAGGUCACAGCACGCAUCAACAAUAUCAUUGACGCUCUCAACGAUGCCAAUGGAUUCUAA